CGUCGAGAAGUCGAAGCGGGAGUUCACUCUACUAGAGAAGGUGAUCGAGGACAGGUUGAGGCGAAUCUGUCUGGGAGUUCGGGUAAUGAGGAGGCGAUCGUGGAUUGAAAAUUCGUAAAGCGCAUGCUACGCGUACAGGCUGCAUCAGCGGGGCUGGCGGGGAAGAACUACCGAGACGGAAGGUGCAACACGAGAUCGGCAGAAGCCAGCACGAAGAGUGAGAGAGAGAGAGAGCUAGCGAGCGAGCGAGCGAGCGAGCGAGAGAGAGAGAGAGAGAGAGAGAGAGAGAUGGCCUGGUGCGUGGGGAGGCAGUGUGCGGCAGCUGCUGCGGCUGCUGUCUGUAUGUCAGUGCUGUGCUUGGCGGUGUGGCCGCAGCAAGCGGUGUGUGGCCUUGACGUGGCGCGAGUGCCACUGACCACUGACUCGGAGAAUGAUUUGGUACAGUCGGAGGAGUGGGUGAAACAGAGGAUGCGGGGAGCGUGGAACGAUUUCUGGGGGACGUUGUCCUCUUCCGUGAAGAAUGCGGGGUUGCACGGUGCAACCGACGCCGACGCCGAUGCCGACGGUGAUAUCGCCGACGACAGGAGUGAUGAUCCUGGUUAUGCCUCUGACUGGGGUGUUGGCGACUCACAUGGCGGGCUCGUUGAGGAGGUGGGAGCAGACCUGAAGCGGACCCGUCGGAGUUCGAAUCCUAUGCGCACGCUGUGUAUUCCGGUGACAGCGCAGCUCGUGGAAGAUCACGAAGGGCGCCAUCGCUGCGUGUACGAGACUGAGAGAGGUCACAAGGCUGUUGGAGUGGCGUACGACCUUGACGAUGUCCCCGACGAUAGGAAGACCGAGCUUAGUGUGGUGAUGGCUGACUACGACAAACUGUACAGAGGCGGUCAAUGCUUGAACGACUUCCAGAUCACAGCUCUGCUGGCCAUCGACGUGAAGAGAGCUCUCGAUCGUGUGGCUGGAUGCGUUCGUAACCUGGACGACAUCUGCUGCGACGUGCAGUCGGCGCUUGCGGACGUCAUGUUUGCAGUCGGCGAGAGCGAGUUCUGCUCCGAGAGGUUCCUCAACUUCCGGGAGGAAGUUAGCGCGAAGGACUGGCAGAAAGCGGCCUCCGCUCUGCGCUGCUUUGACUGGUGUAAGGACGACAGGCGGUCUAGGCGGUGCGAACACGAUGCGAGCAUCAUUCACGUGGGGUGCUAACUACAAUGUGUUCGAAGCGAGCAUCAUUCAUGUGGGGUGUAACUACACAAAUGCCACGUGUCUGCAGGCGACCUAUGACUGUACUGAUGUUAUCUGUGACGAAGACGCCUAGCGCCGCUCGUUGGACUAUGGGCGUAGUUCGUUCUGUGUUGGAAGUGGGCCUCCCUCCAUUACUCACGAACUGUGCAACAAGGUCAUGAAUCGUCCGCUAGAACGUGGGCAUCGCGGCUGUAUUCUAGUGGAUAUGUGGUGCGCAGUGGAGAGAGGCCCACUGGUUGCGUGUUUUGUCAAUGAAUCGUGUGGAAGUGAGGAUGCAGUCCAUGGACGCCGGUUCGUCUUUGCAGCGGUUUUUGUUUCUAAGUGAGUGUCGAUGGCGGUCCCAGGGGAUGGUACGGUCAUACCGCGGCUAAUGCGCCCAAUGCCUACCCGAUCUCGGAAGUAUAGCGCCGCUGGGCUGUAAUAGUACUGGGAUGGGUGACUUCAUGGGGUUUUGAUUUGUCGUUGUGACGGCGUUUCCGUGGACCUGUAAGUGUCCAUGUUGGUUGUUCAUCACGCCGUGGAGUUUCGAUCUGGGGCUGAUUUGUCGUUGACAGUGUAACGGCGUAGUGAUCUAUAAGUGUCCAUGUUGAUUGCAUCACGCCGUGCAGUUUCGAGGAGGUAGUGUGGGCAGCGGUAGCUACGAUGGAAUUUUCAGUUGUGAUAAAGGUAGGUACGGCCCUCCGAACCUGGUGGAAUUAAGCCCAAGGUGUUGUGUAAUAGAGGGGCUCUCGGUUGAGGGCUUGGUUGAAGAGGCUCUGGUGAGGGCUUUAACGACGUCGAGCAAUACGAGGGAGAUGUGUGCCGUUAGGUUGUAGCAGUUUGGAGGUAAUACGAAGUUGUUGAAGAGUAUGUCUGAGACUUGAGUGCAUCCGAAGGACGCACGUUUUUUUGUGUUAGUCGCUUCCAGCGUUGUCUGAGCUUUGAAGUAGGUCAUGGUGGGUAUGAAGCAGAAGCAGACCAUGGUUGGUAGGAAAUGGUGUAUUGUGAUGGUGAGUACUCAGUCUGAAGUCUUGCGGGACUUUCAAGGAUCACCAGGGGUUGAAGCUUUUGUAUGGAGUUGUGGAGGUAGAUACUACAGAUGACUUUGUAGUCCGUUUCUUCCACAAUCAUGUUUGUUACGGUUUGUAUUCUGCCUUACGUAGUUGGACGGAAUGUGGCUGCAAUUUGUGGUGAGAUGCAUGCAUAAUGCCGGAGUAAGGUUACGAAGACGAUAGAUGGGAUCUGGCCGCAAAAUGUGCUCAGACGUUUCCGGAAUGCCGUAGUUAGUGGGUUCAUGAGUGUUAGGGUCUGAAGCAGAUGCAGCACCAAGAUGUCUCCCUGUUCGAGUGCAAUUCGUUUGUGCUUCAUUGUGCACGUCUAUUUUCACAUCGCACCUGGGCGUGA